CUGGCGGGGGCGGCCGCCGCGCUCUACCUGGCCGGGGAGCCCCUCAUCCCCACCCUCCGCUACCUCAUCGCCCACCUGGUGGCCCUGCAGCUCGGGGUGCUGCUGAAGGGCAUCUGCUACCUGGCUGAGGAGAUCUUCCACCUCCAAUCCAGGCACCACGGCAGCUUCCAGAGAACCCUGUGUGCCUGCUUCCCCCUGCGCUGGCAGGGCCUCACGCUGCUGGUCUGUGGCUCAGCCUACGUGGCUCUUCAGGAUGGAGAUGGGCAGACACUCGGCCUCCAAUUCACCCUGAUCAGCAUGUGCCAGCUCCUCAUCCUUGCCCUGGGGCUCCACAAGCCCUCAGCAGUGGAAAUCUCUGAGAUGUCUGAGAGGUCCAAGCAGAACGUUGCUCAUGGACUUGCCUGGUCUUAUUACGUUGGGUACCUAAAAAUAGUCCUGCCACGGGUGAAAAAGUCACUGGAGGAAUUCAGCAGAGCCAACCCCAAUGUGCUGAUAUGCAGGGAGACCCGGAAGCUCCACAUCUUGAUCCCUCUGAGCUGUGAUGUCUAUGAUGACCUGGAGAAAGCUGACAGCAACAUCCAGUACCUGGCAGACCUCAGUGAAACCACCCUGACCCGAGCUGGCACCAAAAAAAGGGUCUACAAACACAGCCUCUACAGAAUCAAGGAUGAAGACAAGCUCUGGCACUGUGCUGUGGAAUAUGCCACCCCCCUGCAGUCCCUCUACGCCAUGUCCCAGGAUGAGUGUGCUGCCUUUGACCGGGAGGAGCGCCUGGAACAGGCCAAGCUUUUCUACAGGACAUUGGAGGAGAUCCUGAGGGGCUCCAGGGAGUGUGCGGGGACCUACCGGCUCGUUGCCUACGAGGACUUGGGUGAAGCAGAGCCCCACUUCUUGUCCAGAGAGAUCCUGUGGCACCUCCAGCAGCAGCGUGAUGAGGAGUUUGCUGUGCAGGAGGAGACGCAGCUGCAGGACCCACCCGUGUCCCUGAACUCCACGGAGCUCAACCUGCAGAUCAGCACCUCUGACCUGCCACUGCCCCUGCGAAGCGACUGCUUCUAA